GGAGUCACGUUGUGCUAGCAGCAUGGCAACCAAACAGAAGCGAAAGCUGGAGGACCUGAGUGUGGAUGAGUUUCUGCUGUCAGGCUUUGACUCAGAUGAUGAUGGAGCAGAUGACUCCGAGGAAGAGGUGCCCAAAAAGAGUGAUACAAAAAAGAAGACCAGCAAAAAGAAAGAACUCAAGAACAAGUCUGAUGAGAAAAAGGGCAAGGCAUCAGAGCACAAAGAACAGCUAUCAAGGUUAAAAAACAAAGAUCCUGAGUUUUACAAAUUUUUACAAGACAACGACCAAACCCUGUUAAACUUCGACGACACGGACAGCUCUGAGGAUGAAGAUGAGAAGAAGUACCACAAACUGCCAUCCAAACUGGAGGAGGCCAGUUCAGGUGAUGAGGACGGUGACGAUGAUCAGAAAGUUUCAAAGAAAUCCAAUAAGGACGACACAAUUAAAGUUACAGACAAAAUGGUUGGAGAAUGGAAAGCUGCCCUGAAAAAGGAGCCAAAUCAGCGACUCUUUAGAGAAGUCACUCAGGCUUUUAAAGCUGCUGUGGCCACAACCAAAGGAGAGGGAGCUGGAGAGUGCCGGUACAAAAUAGCUGACAGUUCAGUGUUCAAUGCUUUGGUCCUGUUUUGCAUCAAAGAUAUCCAUCCAGCGCUUCAGAAAAUGCUUACACUGAAAGCCAAUCAGGAUGACAAAAAGCUGGUGUUGCCAUCAUCUAGUCCAAGAUGGCAAAAGAUUCAGAUAGACAUCAAGAUGUACCUCAGUGGAGUUGUUCAGUUGUUGUCUUGUCUCACAGAGAGCACAGUCAUCAGUGCUGUCCUCAGGCACGCCAACCAACUUAUUCCUUAUUAUCUGUGUUUGCCCAAACAGUGUCGGCACCUUAUCAAGCAAUUGUUGAAGCAGUGGAGUACAGGAGAGGAGACGAGUCGUGUUCUAGCUUUUCUAGCUCUCAACAAAAUUUGCAGACAUAAACAAGAUGCUUACCUAAACUCUAUACUUAAGCAAAUGUACAUUGCCUAUGUAAAAAACUGCAAGUUCACAUCUCCCAAUGUGCUGCCAAUGAUCAACUUUAUGCAGAGGUCUCUCACAGAGAUGUAUGCUUUGGACACGCCGGCCACAUACCAGCAUGCAUUCAUUUACAUCAGGCAAUUGGCCAUCCACCUCAGGAAUGCCAUGACCAUGAAGAAAAAGGAAACGUACCAGUCGGUGUAUAACUGGCAGUUCGUUCACUGUUUGUAUCUGUGGUGCCGUGUCCUGAGCACAUUAUAUCCCAGUGAUGUCCUUCAGCCUCUCAUCUAUCCACUCUGCCAGGUCAUCUUAGGCACUAUCAAGCUGGUGCCCACUGCAAACUACUACCCUCUGAGGAUGCACUGUUGCAGAGCUCUUACCUUGUUAUCCAGCAGCACCAACACAUUUGUCCCUGUGGUGCCAUUUCUGUUGGAGAUCUUUCAACAAGUGGACUUCAACAAGAAACCAAGCCGCAUGAGCAAGAAGCCAAUCAACUUUGCAGUUAUUCUGAAACUUGGCAAAGUCAACCUUAUGGAGAAAGCAUACAAGGAUGGUUUGAUUGACCAGCUGUAUGACAUCAUGCUGGAGUAUUUUUACACUCAGCACAACUCGAUUGGCUUCCCAGAGAUCGCCCUUCCAACAAUUAUUCAGCUGAAAGCCUUCCUGAAGGAAUGCAAAGUGGCCAAUUACUCAAAGCCGGUUCGGCAGCUGCUGGAGAAGGUGCAGGAGAACAGCAGCUACAUCACAUCGCGGCGACAGAAGGUGGCGUUCGGAGUCGCUGAUACUGCUGCUGUGGUUGAAUGGGAGAAGCAGGUUCAUGAAGAAGGCACCCCCCUGAGCAGAUACUACAGCCAGUGGAAGAAACUCAGAGAGAAAGAAAUCCAGCUGGAGAUCUCUGGCAAAGAAAGAAUGGAGGAUCUGAACCUUCCUGAAAUCAAGCGCAGGAAGAUUCAGGAGAAGAAAGAAGAGGACAAGAAGGAAUUCAAGGACCUGUUUGACUCUGAUAGUGACUCUGAGGGAGACUCUGGAUUCAAAAUCAAAGGUAAGAAGAGCGGUGGCGGCGGCUCAGAUGAUGAUGAUGAUGAUGAAGAACUUGAAGACUUGUCAGAUAUGAGCGAAGAUGAGGGACUGGAGGAUGACUCAGGUGCUGAAGAUGAUGAAGAGGAGGAGGAUGAGCAGGCCUCGGGCGCUCCUCAGCCUCUGUCUUCAGAUGCUCUGAUAAAACUGGCCGAGGGAGGAGAGGAUGUGGUGGAGGACCUGGAGCUGUCUGAUGAUGACUGAGUUCAGGCAGCACACAGCGAGCUCACCUGAGACACUUUCUUCCAUCCGUACUACAAACUAUUUUUGGACUUCCUCUGCUCCUGUUUUAUAUUGCUUCAUAUGUACAGUGGAAACUUGUAUGUGAUGUCAUUUUAUUAACAUUGAAACUACAUAAACAACUCCAAAAAACUCAACAGAAA